CAGUUCAACACGCAUGUUCAAGGUACCAUCUCACUUAACUGCUGUUGUUGGCCGUCCUUCUUUUUCGGUUGAACGAUUUCUUGCUAUUGCUUUCCUUUUUUGAUUUCAAUUGACAAAAUCUUGCAUAUAUGGUUAAUUAGGGUAACGAGGAAGAUUGGUCUUCAGGGGCGAAUGUCAUGUCACUAAGUGCAAUACGACAAAGGAAACGAGGGAAACGUUCGGUUUUCCAGGGUCGAUGCCACUCAUGCAACAUUUCUGAAACUCCAGAAUGGCGACGAGGACCGGAUGGAGCACGCACGCUUUGCAAUGCAUGCGGUCUACACUAUGCAAAGUUGACAAGAAAGAAGACGACCGAGGAUCCAUGUGGCAAUAAGGAACCACCACAGAAUAGGAAAAAGCAAUACGAUAUGUUAAUAACCGAUCUAGAUGUAAAUAUUCCCUUGGACGAAGAUGCAACGAUGGAUGACACACAUUCGGUCAAUUGAUACAGUUAUUCCAUCCAUUUUCCUCCUUUUCUAUUGGACCGUUUUUCGAUCCUCUCUCUUUUGAAAUAGCGAUUUCAAUCUCAAAAAACUUUUGAGAACAUUUUUUGUUCAAUAAGAAAAGCAUUAAGAGCAACCUCUCAUUAGUGGA